AUGGCCACCGCGGUGUCGAAGCCAGCCUCCCAUUCCCCGAAGAUGAAGCGGCCGCCCCCGCCUUUCCCCCAGACCGGGGUGAAUGGAGUCAAGACUCAACAAUCUCCUGCCUCUCCCAUCACCACCUCCCAACGCCUCGCCGGGAACAACUCCGCGGUCUCAAGUCCAAUUCUCGCAAAUGGAACGGCCAAUGUGGCGAAUACUUCAAAAGGCCCCCUGAACCGAGCCAAGGCUCAGGCGCAACGUCCGGGGGACCUUGCUUCGCGAGUUGGUAGGCCGGCCACGAGACAUUAUGCGAUGGGCAAUGACAAUCACAAUGGAAAGAAGGCCUUUGAACCCUAUGUCAAAACCACGUCCUACAUCCUCAGAAAAUAUUCGAAAUUUCCUCCCUCUCUCAUUGUCCAUCUUCACCCCACCCAUUUUCGAUUUGAGCAACAAGAUGGGAGUUUUUCUUAUAACUCGGAGAUGAAGGUGAUUAUCGAACACAUCCGCGCUGGAACUGUGCCACACGAUCUCAUCGAAGAAUUAUUGCGCUGUCUCAUCGUUCGCGUUGUCGACCACAAGUCCGUGUCAGUGCAGGCGACGAAGACCUCUAAAACAACGACCAAUGAAAAUAACACACCGUUCUCAUUGCACAACUAUAAUGAGCAUGUCACGCCAUCCGCAUUUGUGCCAUAUCCCAAACAAAACCAGCUCACAGCCGAUGUACCGAGCUCUAAGGCACCAGACACUCCAGCUUCUGGGCAACCGCAAUCUGGACAACCAAAUACUGAAGUGGCGUCUGAACCUCAAGAACAAGCCGAAGCGGGACAAAAGUCCUCUGCAUCAAAGCCCAAAGUUUUUACCACUGUUCUGCACCCUACAGCUCGAGUAUUACAAGCAGAAUUGACUCUCCUUGUCACCACUCCUGAUCCGAAAGCUGCAGCUGCCAAUCAACUGGCUCGCACUCAAUCCUCAUCCGUUAUCCUUCAAGCUUCAUCCACCACGCAGUCUGAUCGUGGCCAUCCCGCGAAGAGGCAGAAAACUCUUGUUGAUCCGCAAGAUCUGCAUGCAUGCGAAUCACUCCUUGUACAAGCUUUGGCACCUCCUCUAUACCUCGAUACUGUCGAUUCAUUUUCUGCUGCACAGGAUCUACUCAAGGUCAUGGAGAGUCCCCUUCACAGCGAUCCACCGCCGUCACCCAAGCGCCGCAAGAGAACUGUUGCGGAGCUUGCUGCAGACGAAGCGCUUGCCGCCGAAGAAGAAAGAUUUAUGCUUAUUAUGGAUGAACGCCUGGAGCCUACUGCUUCUGGUGGAGCCGGUGGCUCUAAAGCUGCUGCUGUGGAUGAUGCAGCCGGCGUGGUGCCAUUUGAGCCUCGUUUCUCUCGAUUUAAGACUUUGGAGACUAUCCGGAUGCAACAUGAAGAGAAGGCCAAGCGCGAACAUGAGAUGAAAUUGAAGCAGGAGUUGGCCAAGAGGCACCAGCAGGAGCAAGAAAGGGAACGACGUCGUGCAGCUGAGCAGCAACAAGCUGAGCAACAUGCCAAAGAGGAAGCGGCGCGCAGACAACAACUGGCGGCCCAGCAGGCACAAGCUCAAAUUGCCGCCCAAAAUCGACAUGUCAUGACCCAAGCCAAUGGGGUUAGCCAAGGACAGCAAUCAUCUCCUGUUGUACGGAAUCAAACUCCCCACAGCACUUCCUCACCACUUGUUGGUAACACUAUGGCAACACAGGCGGUUCCAAUGAGCAUCAGUGCAUCUCAGCAGUCGGGAAGCCCACCACGCCCCCCAUCCUCUAUGCAGCAUGCGCAUCCCAACAUGAUGGGGCAUCCAAUGGCGCCGUCCAGAAGCCAACAGGGACCAAGUCGACAUGGAACUCCUCAGAUGACGCAGAGCACACCUGCCAUGUCGCAUGCCACACCUAUCAUGCGCAAUGUCACUCCGACCCAGCGCAUGGGCCACGGCAGCCCAACUCACUCAACCAUGGCGCAGACUCCAAUGAUGAACCAGGCGAUGGCAGGCACUCCGCAAAUGAACGGAGGAGGGAUGGGUCUCACUCCGCAACAACAAAUGUUGCUUCAGCAACGGCAGCAACAGCUUCUGGCUCAGCAAAGUGGACAAAUGGGAGGCGCACAGCUUACCCCGCAGCAAAUUGCUCAAUUGCAAGCUAACGCCCAUGCUGCUCAGAAUAUCAAGACGCAUCAGCAACAACAAAUGCUGCAAGCCCAGCAGCAGCAGCAGCAGCAGAAUAUGCAAAACAUGCAAAACAUGCAGAACAUGCAGAAUAUGCAAAAUGUGCCCCAACAUAGUCAACAGGCGUACCAGGCUCAGCUCAUGCGAGCUCAAUUUGCCCAAAUGCAAAUGGUCAAGCAGCAAGGUGGUCAGGUGACGCAAGGCCAGCCAAGCCAGCAGCAACAGCAGCAGCAGCAGCCGCAAUCCCAACAACAUCAAGGCAGCCCGCAAAUGACGGCCCAACAGCAACAGCAGCAACAAUUGCUCAUGGCAGCUGCUCAGGCUAAUGGUGGUCAGAUGCGAAAUACCAACACUAUGACCCAGCGGUACAGUCAGCUUUAUCAACAACGGCUGUUACAUCUUCGACAUGAGAUGUCUCAACGCCUCAUGGGACAGUAUGGACCUCCUACCCAGUACCCACCUAAUGUUGCCCAGCAAUAUGGUGCUGGGCUCGUGAAGAAUGCCAAGGCCUGGGUUCAAGACCUGAUGCGACGCGAGCGUGAUGCUGCCCAGCAGCAACAUGCCACUCAUCAAGCUGCCAUGCAAGCCCAGCAGAUGCAACAACAAAACAUGAUGCAUAAUGGAAUGGGCAAUUGA